ACAGGGUAACAUUAUCAGUCAAAGAUCAACUCUGCUAUAACAAUCUGGCCAUUGGCAUCACUCGAUUAUUCAACGGCACUAGAUGACUUCAGCCUCCAAAGCCAUCGCAUUGGUUUCAAAACAAGCGGGAAUGACUUCCAUUAAUGCAUCAUACCCACAAUGGACAGCUCGUUUCCGGCACCUGUUCCGGGGGCCAAGCCGGUGUCGACUCAGAAUUAGUAACUGCGUUGGGAAUAUAUAGGACAAUAUGGUCACUUCGUUAUGUUGGGUAGGUAUUUGUAUUGAUAUAAUAGGGCCCAGGCUUUCUAAUCAAAGUUACUUUACUUUACAAGACUAUUUCUGUGGAUUAUCUGUGUUUUUUUAUAAGCUACAAACCGAUAGAUAAUCAACAUGUUGAUCGAUAUAGCAGCCAAAAGGGUCUCCGCAAAGACGAGACUAUGUAUACACGAAAGACACAAGUUACGACAAGAACACCAAGAUGCCGCUCAGAUGAACGUCACGACUACUAUCACAGCCGGCGAAUCUACCGACCCGAUUUAUAGGAGCAAGAACUGCCCUCAGUGCAAGGCUGAGGAGAAAGCAGCCAACAAGUACCGAUGGAAGCUCAUCUUAUGCCUGAUUCUUCCUUAUGCUCUUCAAGCCCUUGACGUCACAAUCGUCGCGAGUGCCUUACCAUGGAUUGCCGCCGACUUUGGCGAAAUCGCCCAACUAAACUGGAUAAUCUCCGCCUUCAACCUAACCUCGGCAGCCUUCAUCCCCUUCUGGGCGCAAAUGGCCGACAUAUUCGGGCGGCACUGGGCGCUGCAACUCAGCUCCCUCACCAUGCUCAUCGGCAGCGCCAUCUGCACCGCCGUGCCCACCACCGCCUUCGGCGCCUUCCUGCUCGGUCGCGCGCUGCAGGGGAUCGCCUGCGCGGGUCUCAACACCAUCAUCCGCGCCAUCAUGGCGGAUAAAGUGUCUUUGAAAGAAAACGCUAGAAACUGGACUUUGUUCGCGUUCACGGGGGGCAUGUGUUAUGGUAUUGGUCCCGUUAUUGGUGGGUACCUUACUGCGGCGAACUGGAGAUGGUGUUUUGGGAUUAAUCUGCCUAUUGCGUUCCUCGGCGUGUUGAUUGUCUUUUUCUUUCUGAGGAGGGAUUUGUUGGGUCCCCAGCCUAUUCCUGAACUCAAUGAGUCUGAAGCCGGUCGGAGAGAACGGUUUGCCCGACGUCUUGCGACUAUUGAUAUUGGUGGCCAGUUGUUGUUCUUGUUCGGUUUCGGGUUGAUCAUCCUGGCUUUGACGUGGGCGGGCGCGACGUAUGAUUGGGACGAUGCUGCUGUGCUCGUUCCUAUCAUUGUUGGUGUGUUGUUGGCGUGUGCUUGGCUAUACUACGAAUACUCGAUGUCGGUUGGCGUGUUGUCCCACAAGUUGUCAUUUCAAAGGCCUAUGUUGCCUUGGAAUGUUGUGAAGAACCGCAACGUUAGCCUCCUGUGCUACAUCAACUUUGCUACGGGGAUGGCUAUGUAUAGUGUCCUCUACUUCGUCGACAUCUACUUCACGAUCGUGAAGGGGUUCCUUUCUGAUAAAGCCGGUGUUCAGCUAUUGUUCUAUACCCCUGGACUUGGUGUUGGCGUGUAUCUCUCCAUGGUAUUAUGCAACAUUUGGCCUCGACAGACGUUUUGGCCCUUAUUAAUCGGAUCUGUAAUUGAAGCAGUCGGUGUCGGCAUGAUGGCAUGGGCUCUAUACUUCGAAAACACCGCCACCAUCUAUGGGAUGAUGGCGCUUACGGGUGCCGGCACAGGGUUGCGAUUUAUGCCCGGCAGUCUUCACGCUGUCGGAUUCUUCCCCGACCAUAUCGCUACUGUAAUUUCUAUCAUGGGCGUAGCUACGACGUUUGGCGGCACUUUGGCUCUCACGAUCAUGUCUACCGUUUUUAACAAUACCUCGGGUCUUACAAGCGAUUCUCCCAUCUCAAAAAAUUACGAUGCCUUGAAGACUCUCCCAGAAGAGAUCAAGCUCCAGAUCGUCGACGGUGUCAGGAAAGGUAUUACUUGGGCGUUCGUUUCAUUGACUCCUUUUAUGGUCAUAUGUGUCGUUGCCUCAUUAUGCUUAGGCAAUGUAACUAUCUCUAAGGAAGAUAAUGCUGAAGAAUCCGGUCACCACCUAACGCACGGAAGCUAUCUACUCGCUCUGAUAAAGGGGAAAGGUCACCGGGAAGAGAACGUAAAUUUGGAAAUGGGUGAGAGAGGGAGUUCAGAGCCUCUCAGAUAUCAAGAUCGCUUUGAUUAGGCUCGAGGAAACUUGGGCAUUUAGUCUAGCAUCUG